AUGUUGGCAUUGAACGCUGCUCCAGAUAAAGAAGACGCGCCUCCAAGAGAAGCGCUGAUUGCCACGGCAGUCAGGUUUCUACAAAACCAGCAAGUUCGUCAAAGCCCCCUGGCAACCCGAAAAGCUUUCCUGAAGAAAAAAGGUCUGACUGAUGAGGAGGUUGAUCUGGCUAUCGAGCGUGCCGGUAGUACUGAGGAACCACUGACUGUUGCCGUACCCAGACCUGCACACCUCGUUCACCCUGUUCCACUCGCCCCAUACAGUCCCUCAGGUUACAGAUGGAGAGACUACAGUGCCCUGGCCGUCGUCCUGGCAGGAAUGGCCUUUGGCUUCCAUCAUCUCUACCGGAAAUACAUCCUUCCCCUCAUUAAGGGCAGCAAAGAGGACAAGAAGCAUCUGCAGCGGAUCGAGAGCAACAUCGCGGAAAUGAGUGGCACGCUGACACAGACAGUCACCCAGUUGCAGAUGACCCUGGCUUCAGUGCAGGAGCUGCUGGUAGAGCAACAGAAGAAAAUACAGGAGCUGACACAAGAGCUGGCUAACUCACAGACCUCAUCUGCCACCAACCGCAUGCUGGAGUCUCAGAACAUCAGUGAACUCAAGGCUGAGAUUGUGUCUCUGAAGGGUCUUCUUCUCAGCAGGAGACAGUUCCCCGCAUCACCCUCGGUUCCAAAAAUCCCAUCCUGGCAAAUCCCUCUCAAACCUGGAUCACUGUCCAACCCGCCCUCUGUCAGCCACACCAACAGCAGUAGUGACAUCUCUCCCGUCAGCAACGAGUCAACCAACUCCUCCCCCGUCAAAGAGGGCAACAGCUCCCAGGCCACCCCAUCCAGCCCACACUGCCUGAAUGGAGACGUGGGCCUGGGCUCCAUUCUUCCUCUGGAUCUGAAAGACCAGGUCCGUAUGGAAGUCCAGGGGGAGGAGGAGAAGAAAGAGGACGAUGAGGAUGAAGACGAGGAUGAUGACGUCACCCAUGCGGAUGAGGAAGACCACCUGAGCGUGCAGACGGAGGACAGGAGAGGAGGCGACGGACAGAUAAACGAGCAGGUGGAGAAGCUGCGGCGUCCAGAGGGUGCGAGCAACGAGAGUGAAGUCGAUUAGAAAGAAACUCCGGACUUCAUCUGUCCAUUUGCUUCUCUCAGUUUCAUAAGAGUUCAUUUAAGUUCUGAUAUCACACCCUCGUUGCAGUAAAACAGCUACUGUGAGCAUCAAUUAACACUGUACGAAAGCAGCAGGUGAGGUUGAUUGUUCCUUUCACUGCAAGUUCUUCACCCUUUUGAAUUUUAAACGUGCAAAACAGAGUGGCGGCACUUCUGCAAGCCUGAACAAGCACAGCAACAGAAAUUUCUGGAAAGACGACAAGAGAAAUGUGACUUUUUUUUUAAUGCAAUCCAUGCAUUUCCCUUAAAAUGCUAGCUAGCGGUUUUACUAGUGACUGUAGAACUCAAAAAAAAUAAAAAUAAAAUAUUAGCCCAUUUAUGUGUUCCAUAACAUUUCAAGUCAAUACAAACGUCAUAAUUUGCAGUGUAGGGACUGUAGACACCAAUCAAGAGGCACCAAAGAAAUCAGAAAGUUAUGAUCCAAGAUUGUUGGACUCGUUUCUAUGCCAUUUCUUUUGUUUUGCUCAGCAGUUAACUAGUUCAGGCCGAACAUUGUUGGAUCAGCGUGGUUGUUGUAGUGGUAUGAACCGGCGGUGGACCUUGUAAUCUGUAAUAGUGAAGCAUUUCUCCUUCAGACAUUUUGAGAUUGUGUAGUACACCGGGCUACAGCAGUCUUUGUAAUAACGAGGCCUUGUGUUUUGUGAUGGUGAAUUUGAGAUUUCAGUGGGAGAAACAAAGAGACGGAGGGAAAACACAUGAGAACGCAGACAAUGAGGCGAAAGAGAAAUGUGUUUGUCUCAGUCGUAUCUCUCCCGUCUCCAGCAGGGUAGCUGAUUUGGUUUAUGAAGUAUGUUAAUAAUCAAAUGAUCGACAAAUAACAGAUGUAUUAGUUCAUGCGGCUUGAAAUGUCAAGGAGGCUAAAAUCGGAAAUCUAAUACUGAAAGCCUGUUAUAUUGUAUUAUAUUACAUGACAAACCCUCCAGUCUAAAUUAUGUAGGCCUCCUGCAGUGAAUAAUCUUAACAUGAAACGGUGCUGGGGUUUUGUAAUUAAACUGUGUAAAACAAUGAAUGCUUCAGCAGAGGUGCUUGACAGUUGUGCUUUUCUCUUUGGGGGCUUUUCUCUCAGAAAGCCCUGAAAGGAUAAAAAAAAAAAGCUGAAAAAAAAAAUUCCCCGUGAUGCAAACGGAGAGUAAGGUAUGAAUAUUUAACUAAUGAAAUUACUCACUCGCCAGCUGAUGAGAAACAAAGCCAGAGAGAUCCUGGAGUGAAAACUAGAGCGUCAGAUCCACUGUGACAUUUUCACUUUUAACAAAUGACCUUCAGAGUAACCGGAUUACAGCGCAGCCAGGUGAACUGUGGGUCUGUGACGGCACAAUGAAAGAGCUCCGCUUGUCUGGAAGUGUGUAUGUCUUAUUUCCUGGACUAAGCUUGGGUUAACACUUACCCACACAAGAAUAGCAUACAUUCAUGCGAUACAAUGUCAAGAGAAACCGCGUGUGCUCAUUUGAUAUGCAGAAACUUUUGAGCAUUAGAGAAAUAGUUCAGCCUGGAAAAAAAAAAAAAAUCAUGUGAUUUACUAAUAGCUUUAUGCAGCCUUUUUUUUUUUUGUGGAAAACAAAAGUAUACAUUUUGAGAAGACUUCACACUGCUCCUUACCAUACAACCACGUGUUGAACUCCAAAAAUGACACCAAAAACACAAUGAAAGAACCAGAUCAGUCAGAUUCAUGAAUGGUUUUCGAUUAACCAGUUGAUCUGGUUCACAAGUCACACUACACAGUUCAUUCACGAAAUCAGACAGAUCAUGUUCUUUAGUUGAAUUCAAUAUGGCCAGAGUGGUUCUUCAGUUAACAGCUCAAGAACUGUUACAGCCUGUGUUUUUCUUUUUUGGAGCACAACUGAUCACUAUGACCGAUCAUUAAAUAACUUGCUUAAAAAACUUACACAAAAACCCAUAAAAAAGGCUGUUUGGAAUUACACAAAAUUGAAAAUAACUUUUUUUUGAAGUGGUUAACUAUCCUUCUAAAGGAAUCCGUAAAGUCCAUUUAAUCUUGAAAGUAAAUUGCAUUUAUUGGUGUCAGAAAUGUCAUUGCAAUGUUACCAAUAGUAGAAGUGAGAGGAAGGAAGGAAGGAAGACCAUCGGCUUCAGAAUGAGACGGAGUAUGAGUGUGUGUGCAUGUAUCAGUUUUGCUUAAACCACAUUCAGGAGUUCCUGCAACUAGCAGGUUGUUUCUGGUAGCAUGGCGGCAGUGGCCUUUAAACAACAGAGUUUGCUAAUUUUAGCUAAUCAUUGUAAAGCCGCUGUGAAGUCUACUGAAUUAAACAUGAUAUAAGCCACACAUUCAAUGCCUAUAUCUCUUGUAAUAUUGCAUUCUCAUCUCCAACUGUUUUUAUGAUAGAUUUGUUAGGAAUCUACAUCCUGCUGCUCAGUUUCAGCAACUCAGUUUAGGGAUUUAAACAUUCAAUCUCAUUUACAUGAGCUGAGUGUGUGUGUGUGUGCGUGUGCUGGAUCUGUUUUAUAAGUAAGCUUACAACACAGAUCUGUAACAGUUUAUAUGAAAUGCACAUUGUUGUUGUAUGUGGCUCUGUUGAUGUUGUUGACACCCAGUUGGUAUUUGUCACAGAGAAAUUCUGGUAUGAAAAGAUGAAUGUACAUAAUUGUAAUAAAUUUGAUUUAACACAAAU